AUGAUUGAUUCCAAAAUAAAAGGAUCUAUCGUGAAUGUUUCAAGUGUGUCCGGAAUAGGUGCUUUACGCAAUGUUCCCAACUUGCCGUACAAUGUUUCGAAAGCAGGACUGGACAUGGUAACAAAGCAAUUUGCACUGGAACUUGGACAAUACCAGAUAAGGGUGAACUCAGUCAAUCCUACACUUGUCAUGACGCCAAUGAUUACAAAUCUUAAGGAAGACUACGAAAAGGAUUUUAUUGCCAGGACGCCUAUGGGUAGAAUUGCAAAGGUGGAGGAAAUCGUUGGGCCAAUAAUGUACCUUCUAAGUGACUAUUCAAGUAUGGUUAGUGGCCAGAUACAUCCAGUUGAUGGGGGUCUGCUGUCAAAUAUAGCAGUCAACGUAUAA